UGCAGAAGUAACAAAAUUAUAACUGCUGUUAGACUAACUUCUUUCUCUUUUCUUCCUACAGGCAUUGGUGACUGAUGAGAAUUAAAAUUAAAGGCCAUGGAUGAAGAUGGACUUGAACUUCAGCCACAUGACACAAAUACAUUUUUUGACCCAACAGGAGCUGAUGCAGCACAUAUGGAUGGAGAUCAGAUUGUUGUGGAAGUACAAGAAACUGUAUUUGUUUCAGAUGUGGUGGACUCAGACAUAACUGUACACAACUUUGUUCCUGAUGAUCCAGAUUCGGUAGUAAUCCAAGAUGUCAUUGAAGAUGUUGUUAUUGAGGAUGUUCACUGCUCUGAUAUUAUGGAUGAGGCGGAUGUGUCUGAAACUGUCAUCAUUCCUGAACAAGUGCUGGAUGAAGAUGUAGCUGAAGAGGUUUCUUUAGCACAUUGUACUGUUCCAGAUGAUGUUUUAGCCUCUGACAUAACAGCUGAAGCUAUGUCUAUACCAGAACAUGUACUGACAAGUGAGUCAAUGCAUGUACCUGAUGUUGGGCAUGUAGAACAUGUGGUUCAUGAUAAUGGUGAAGAAGCAGAUAUUGUCACCGAUACUCUGGGAACAGAUGUAGUUUCUGAAGAAGUCUUGGUGGCGGACUGUGCCUCAGAAGCAGUAAUUGAUGCAAAUGGUAUCCCUGUGGAGCAUCAGGAUGAUAAGGGCAACUGUGAGGAUUACCUUAUGAUUUCCUUUAAUCCCCUUCCUAGCCAACUGGAGAAACAGUAUGGAGAAGCUCAAUGGCAACCAGAUCCAGUUCUGCACAGAAGGGGUAACUCCUUCAAUAUACGGUCCUGUGGAACUGUGGACGAUGCUGGUAAAAUAGAACAUGAAGGUUCUGCUGAAAUUACCAUGGAGGCAGAGUCAGAAAGUGAUCCUUGUAAAGUGGAUGGCAUUUGUCCAGAAGUCAUCAAAGUCUAUAUAUUCAAAGCUGAUCCUGGAGAAGAUGAUAUAGGAGGCACAGUUGACAUUGUAGAGAGUGAGCCUGAGAAUGAUGGAGUGGGACUACUCGAUCAAAAUAACAGUGUUCGUAUUCCAAGGGAAAAAAUGGUUUACAUGACUGUAAAUGAUUCUCAGAAUGACGAUGAAGAUCUAAAUGUUGCAGAAAUUACAGAUGAGGUUUAUAUGGAAGUGAUUGUAGGGGAGGAGGAUGCAGCAGUGGCCCACGAACAGCAGAUUGAUGACACUGAAAUCAAAACUUUCAUGCCAAUAGCUUGGGCAGCAGCUUAUGGUAAUAAUAAUGAUGGCAUUGAAAGUCGGAAUGGCACAGCAAGUGCACUCUUACACAUAGAUGAGUCUGCUGGACUUGGGAGACUAGCUAAACAAAAACCAAAGAAGAAGAGGAGACCUGAAUCCAGGCAAUAUCAGACAGCAAUAAUCAUUGGCCCUGAUGGUCAUCCCUUGACUGUCUACCCUUGCAUGAUUUGUGGAAAGAAAUUUAAAUCCAGAGGGUUCUUGAAAAGGCACAUGAAAAAUCACCCAGAGCACCUUCUUACAAAGAAGAAAUACAGAUGCACGGACUGUGAUUACACUACCAAUAAAAAACUAAGUUUACAUAACCACUUGGAGAGCCACAAGCUGACCAACAAAACAGAAAAGCUUAUUGAAUGUGAUGAAUGUGGGAAGAGCUUCUCUCAUGCGGGAGCUUUAUUUACUCACAAGAUGGUACAUAGGGACAAAGGGGUCAAUAAAAUGCAUAAGUGCAAAUUCUGCGAUUAUGAGACAGCAGAGCAAGGGUUACUGAGUCGUCAUCUCUUGGCAGUGCACAGCAAGAACUUUCCUCACAUUUGUGUGGAGUGUGGCAAAGGCUUUCGUCAUCCGUCAGAGCUCAAAAAGCAUAUGCGGAUUCACACUGGUGAAAAACCAUAUGAGUGCCAAUAUUGCGAGUACAGAUCUGCCGACUCUUCUAACUUGAAAACUCACAUAAAGACUAAACAUAGCAAGGAAAUGCCAUUCAAAUGUGAUAUUUGUCUUCAGACAUUUUCAGAUACCAAAGAGCUACAGCAGCAUGCCCUUAUGCAUCAAGAAAGUAAAACACAUCAGUGUUUGCAUUGUGACCACAAGAGCUCAAACUCAAGUGAUUUGAAACGACACAUAAUUUCAGUCCACACAAAGGAUUAUCCUCACAAGUGUGACAUGUGUGAUAAAGGCUUUCAUAGGCCCUCAGAACUGAAAAAACACGUGGCAGCGCACAAGGGUAAAAAAUUGCACCAGUGCAGACAUUGUGACUUUAAGAUUGCAGAUCCAUUUAUUCUGAGUCGUCAUAUUCUCUCAGUUCACACAAAGGAUCUUCCAUUCAGGUGUAAGAGGUGCAGAAAGGGCUUUAGGCAACAAAAUGAGCUAAAAAAACACAUGAAAACACACAGUGGCAGGAAAGUUUAUCAAUGCGAGUACUGUGAGUAUAGCACUACGGAUGCUUCGGGCUUCAAACGACAUGUUAUUUCCAUUCAUACAAAAGACUAUCCUCACCGCUGUGAAUACUGCAAGAAAGGUUUCCGAAGACCUUCAGAGAAGAACCAGCACAUUAUGAGGCAUCAUAAAGAUGUUGGGCUGCCUUAAAGUCUCUUUCACAGACUAAGUGGCUGGAGUUAUAAAGGAAUAUUGCCUUCUAGGCAGUCAGUUUAUUUUAAAGUCAAUCACCAAUUACAUAAAACAAGCAUACUGUGCAUUUGAUUUAUUGCUGUAUACAAAUAGGAUUAUUGCUUCUAGUUGACUUUUAUACCUUUUGUUCAAUAGCGUGUUCUGAAUUCUAUUCAGUUUGUUUAAUAAAUGAGGAAAAGAUGGCAACAAUAAAGUUGCAUUUAAUAAAGUAAACCCUGUCUCAUACUGAAUUUUUCAACCGUAAUAGUUUAUUUAAAUAUAUUUAUCUUACUGACCUUGUUGGUACUCACACUGUCCAUGUUAAUACAAUUUUGUUGUGAAUUUUAAAAAUAUUUUAAAUUUUCUCUUGAUAAAUUGUCAGAUGUGUAUAAAAUAACAGGAAAUUUUAAUGUCAAGGAUAACAUCAUUAGGGCCCACCUAAUUAUCUAGCAUAUACAGAACUUGUGGCAAAUUAAACAUCAAAUUACCCAUCAAACAUUACUGAACAAAAAUAUUCUGCAUUUUUAUUCCAGUUUCUUUUACAAAGAAUAUAUCAUUCCUCCCUAUAAAUAAGUACAAAUGAUGGUUGGUGGCAUUUUUUUCAAUGCUUAUUUUUACUUCUUGGAGGUAGAAUGUUCAUAAAUAUUAUGUUUAUUACUCUGUGUUUCUUUGUUGAAUGGUUGUGUAUCUCAAAUGAAUUUCGAUUUCCUCAACUUACUGAUGACUAAAUGUUGACAAAAUAUGAAAUAUAGUUGUUCUUGCUGACUGGUCAGGUUGCAACUUUAAAUAUGUACAGUUAAGUAUACCCCAAAUUAAAUAAGAAUUUAUAUAAUAUAAAUAUUGCUAUAUGAAACACCAAUAUUUGGGUCAAAUAAUCAUAUUUUUAUUGGGAAUUUCUUUAGAUUAAAGGACAGUAGAUGCCUCAGUUUUGAAAGCCUGCUAUAAUGGGAGAGAACUUCAAGUGGGAGGAUAGGGAGUAGAAGCUGACAACUUUCUAGAGAAUAGAGCUCUGGUUUCCAGGCCAAUAUCCUUAAUAAUAAAAAUAAUCUAUGACUGGCAGAACCAUUUCUAAAUAGGAUGUUUUCCAUGAGCCAUUAGCAUCUGUGGCAAACUGCUGUUUAUUAAGCAAUUAGUAUCCAAAAUUAACCGGAUUCUUCUCAUUUGUUUAUAAACAGCUGGGAGAGUAUUACAAUUAUUGUAUGCAAUGUUGCCACCUGAAGACUUAUAUUAUGGAGCUGCAUCAGUUGCUAAUUGCUGUAUAAAUAUGCAAGACAUGAAGUCAUGUGUCUUAAGACAACAAAAGUAAAGCAAAGCUGAAUAGCUUAAUUGCAUGUGAAGUUUUGAUAUCCAAUCCUGUGGUCUUGCUCAGAGUGUCAUUGAAAUCAGUAGUUGACUAAGGAUGGCAGGAUUUGGCC